CGCCUUCUACCGCCGGGCGGGCGGCGUGCUGUGUGCCGCGGCCUUGGCUUGCGCAGUCCGGGACUGUCAGAGGUGAGACGCGGCCCCCUUCGGUAGCGGCCAUGAGCACCCCAGCCGUGCCUCAGGACCUGCAGCUGCCCCCGAGCCAGAGGGCUCAGCCCGCGUUCAGAGAACAAAGAAGACAAAAACUCAAGGAACAUAUAUUAAAAAGAAAAACUUUUUUUGCAUACAAACAGGAAAAUCACAUACCCAGUAGUAGAGACCAGAAAGUGAUGAACUCUGAGGGCCAGGUCCACGAAGAGACAAAAGUUCUGAAAUUUGAAACAAAAAUGGCUGGUAAAGAAAAUGUCAGUAGACCUCCUGGGAACAAAAAUCAUAUAACAACUGGAAAAAAUUGUAGUCCUUUAAGACCUUCUAAUGAAUCAACCAAUUCAACAAUAGCAACUGACACACAUAAUUUUGAGGAUAAUAAUCAAAUGAGACAGUCCGUACCAAUUAAAGAUGACCCUCAAAGUCAACACAUGACAUUAAGCCAAGUGUUUCAUCUUAAAAACAACAAUAAAAAGAAACAGGUAUCCACAGAAAAACCAAAGCAAGAUGCUAACACGUCCAAGAAGCUUGUGCUUGGGUCUUACCGUGGCCAAAUUGUUCAGUCUAAGAUUAAUUCAUUUAGAAAGCCCCUGCCAGUCAGAGAUGAGAGUUCUGCAACAACGAAGAAACCUACAGCCACUGUCCCUAAAGCCCCAGAGCCUCUGCCUGCAGAUACCCGAGGUGCGACGGUGAGAAGUAAUAGAGCCCUGAACACAGUGACCACCACUAAAUUUGGGAGCACAGCAUCUCAGGACAGACAGCUGGGGCGGCCUCCUAUCAGAAGUCACCGAGACAGCGCCCAGGACGCUGUGAAACAGGGCUUUGGGAGAACCACCGCCAACGUUACAAUCCGGAAAGGGCCUCGGGAGAAAGAAUUACUGCGCUCAAACACGGUUUCAUCUAGUGCCAAAACCGGUGCUCAGGAUGUAGAGAGAAGGAAGACACUGGCAAGAAGCCUGACCUCUGAAACUGUAACCAGGCCUGCUUUGUCUUCUAACACCAAACUGGUACAGAAAUCAAAAAGCAUUGACCCCCGCAGACACACUAUAGCAAAAGCAACUCUUGAUAGGUCGGCCCGGCCCAAAGAAACAGCAGAAGAGAGAAAAGCUCGUCUGAGCGAGUGGAGAGCUGGCAAAAGAAAAGUGCUGAAAAGGCCUCCUAGCGCAGUGGUUACCCAGCCUGAGCCUGGAGGGCAGAAUGAAAACUCGGUCGGGUCCUUUUGGACAACCAUGGUAGAAGAAGAUGAACAAAGAUUAUUUACUGAAAAAGUAAACAAGACAUUUUCAGAAUGCUUAAACUUGAUUAAUGAGGGAUGCCCAAAAGAAGAAAUAUUGGUCAUACUGAAUGACCUGAUUAAAAAUAUUCCAGAUGCCAAAAAACUUGUUAAAUAUUGGAUAUGCCUUGUACGUAUUGAACCACUCACAAGUCCUAUUGAAAAUAUUAUCACAAUCUAUGAGAAAGCUAUUUUGGCAGGAGCUCAGCCUAUUGAAGAGAUGCGACAUGCAAUUGCAGAUAUUUUAACAAUGAAGAGUCAAGAGAAAGUGAAAUAUGGAGAAAAUGUUGAGGCUUCUGCAACUAAGGAAUACAUUCAAGAAGUCGACAAUGAAGAUAUGGGUGUUAAUCUAGAGUCAGGAAGAUCAGAAAUGGAAAAGAAAAAUAGAAAUGUGGUAUUUCAAGAUUGUGAAAAAGAGGAAGAUGACAAAAAAGAUCCAACCAAUGAUGUUAAAACCCCCAGUACAGAGACCAGGGGGAGUUGCUUAAUCAAAUAUAACGUGUCUACUACACCAUACCUACAAAGUGUAAAAAAGAAGAUACAGUUUGAUAACACAGAUACUACAUUUAAGGAGCUAAAGUUUCUAACACCAGUUAGACGUUCUCGACGUAUUCACGAGAAGACUUCUAAACUGCCAGAUAUGUUAAAAGACCAUUACCCAUGUGUGUCUUCAUUGGAGCAGCUAACAGAGUUGGGAGGUGAAACCGAUGCUUUUGUGUGCCGUCCUAAUGCUGCGCUCUGCCCGAUGUACUCAGAGACUGGAACAGCACAAGAGAAAUAAAGUGAUGAUCAGCAACGGGGCUUCUGUUGUUCCUGGGGUCUUUUGUUGGCUUCUUGUGGUUUUGUAUGUCUACUGGGAGUUGGCCAAGUACCUAAGUAUUCGUCGCAGUAAGCUCUUUUACUGAUGUUCACCUUGUAGCAGGAAUUGCCUUCAGUGUAACAGAAAGCUAAUCCUACCUUGUCAAUCUCAGCAGAGGGAGUUUCUAAUAAAGAUAGAUUUUGUCAAGUAGUUUACUAUGUUUCUUGAAUAGAGACAGGUUUGAUCAUAAUAUUGGCUUGUUUACUUUCAAUAGUCUUAACUUGUUAGUCAUUAAAUAUAGGUAAUGCUGUGGCAGAAAGGGUGUUCAAGAUAAGAUUUCUAUAUUUGCGUGUUCUUAAAAUUCACAUGUUCUUAAAAUUUAUAAUACACCUGCCAGCUUUUAACAGAAUACUGACUUUUUUUUUUUGCCUUUCCUUAAUUCUGGAUCAGUAGGAAAGUCAGUAAUUGCAAUGUAGUGCGACCCCCUGCAAAAGUGAAGACAUUGGAAGACUUAGCUUGCGUUUUCACCCAGUUCUUGUUACCUGGACUGCUGUGGUCUGUCUUGCUUUGGCUCUUUCCCCCAUCAAUGCUAGUGAGUCUGUGGUCACUGUUGGUUUCUUUUUUAUUGUAGCUGAGGUCACCACAAAUGAUAAUUCACUAAAUGCCCCAUUUCUAAGAGGAAAUGCUUUGCAUUAAAAAAGAAAAUGUGCCAAAUGCAGUAGGUAUUUGAAACUUUAAAUCUGAGUUUCUUUAGUUCCUUUUGUAACUUGGCUGUCUAAAAUGUUAAAACUUUAGCUUUCCUCAUUUCAUUUGAUACAGUUGUAGACAUUAGAAUGGAAUUAGAAAAGGAAUAUAUAACGUCAUUCUAAUUUAGGUAGUAUUUCUAAAAUAACUAAUAUAAAAUAUAAUAAAAACUUUACUAUUAAGUCAUGUCCCUUGAACCAUGAUAGUUAUAUACAGUAAACAGUUUCUUCUCCCCACACAUUAAAUAUCACCCCUUAAAUUGUUUUAUAAGUCUCCAGACUAAUACUUAAAUACAUCCUCUACCAAUCUAGUUUCAAAGAUUCGAUAGUUUUAAAACUGCGUGUGAUAUAAAUGUGCUUGAAAAUCAGUCUUGUGUUCACUCAUUCUCCAUUUGUAUAAUAGCACCUAUCUUUGUUCUAUUAUGUUCUAAAGAGGAGUCUUAUUCUUUUAUAAACUGUGUUCCUAAUAUUUAUAAAUAAAUAUAUCGGUAUAGCAA